ACCUGAGUCACUUGCUGCGCUGAUUUUGCUUGGAAUCUUCACAUCAAACCCAUUCAUCCCAUUCAUUCGCCUUGCUCUCUUUCCUCUCCCAUCCGCAACAUCGACUCGCUAUUUCUUUUCUCAAACAUCUUCUCUUUCCUUCUUGUCCUCAUCCUGACACCCUCGUCGAUUCAACCUCAUGGCGAUGACCUGACUAUCGCGCUCCUUCGUGUUUGUGCUGGGCGCAUUUUUGUCCAUAUUAUUGACGUGUCUACCAACCCUACUGUCACCCCUCGGACCAUUUAAAUGUACCAGCUGUCGCAAUGGCCUCGACAAAACCCCCUUACGAUCCAGUUAAGACCGUCGAAGGCAUGUUCAAUGGAUCCGUCACCCGUAUCGCCUAUGCCAUGAAAGACCCUCUGAAUUACGCCCAAUCUACGAAAGCCAUUUUAGCAGAGACCGCAAAGAAGUUUCAGGAUGCUCUAGACGACUGUGAAGUCCAGAUCCUCGAUGCCAAAUGGCACCUUGAACGCCAACUGGCCCUAAACAAAGCCCGUCGCGAGGCAAAAGCAAAAGAAGAGUCCGCGGCAAAUGCAAAACGAAAAAGAGACGAGUCCAAAGAUCUACGAGAUCCUUCACAAUCGGUCGACAGAGAGAGCGCCUCCAAGCGCGUCAAAACAGAUGAACCAGAGGAGCCCCUGCCCUCCGUGCAGGCCAUCCAACCAACCAUCCCGCCCCAAGUCGAGCCGACACCUCCCAUCACUCCAGCCAGCCUCCCCCACAAGAGUCCUGUGAAGUCGGACCCGUCCAAGUCCAAAGAGCCUGACAAAGCUAAGGACAAGGGCAAGCCAAAGGCCCCCACGUCAACGCCUGUUCAGCAGCCCCCAUCGAGCCAACCUGAGUCCAAGCAGAGUCAAAAUGCUCCUGCAAAGGUGCCUCCCAAACAGCCCAAACCUGCAGAAUCCGCUCCUCCUCCACCUCCACCACCUCCACCAGAGUCUGUCCAAACACAGUUCCCUCCGAUGGAAGCCAACCUACAAGACACGCCGGCCACGGCAAACGAGGAUUUCAACUUUGUCUCCAUGUUUGGUGAUGCUUCUGCAGGAGACCUCAUGGACUCUUCGAACACUCAAAUGCCGUUCAACCUUAAUUUCGACGUCGAUGCUGAUGGCAUGACUGCCGGCCAGGACCCCUCCCAGACAUCCCUUCUACGUGGACUAGAGUCGUACGCAAACCAAAGUGGCGACGACAACAGCUUCAACCUUGGGGCCACGACGGAACCCUCCGAUUUAAACAACAUGUCUCAGUCAUAUCCUCAGGGUUCGGCAAUGACCACCGACUUUGGUCUUCCCACUCUAGGACCCAAUGAGUUCGACGAUUUCCUCAACUCCAACGACAUGAACUUUGACACCGCUCUUGAUGAUGGCAUGCUGAACAUGGACAACAUGGACAGUAUGGAGAUCGACUUUGACUCCAUGUUCAAAUGAUUUUCUUAAGAGCCUUGUGUGGAAGUGGGCAGGUUUAUCUGUCUUGCUAAGUCUUCACCGGCAUUGCUUACUCCUAACUGCUGUCUAUGCAGCUCUUGCUCUGACUUUUAUCGCGACUUCAGUAGUUGUGCGGAAGAACAGAGCGACCUGGCGACCAUCUGGAGUGGGGAAACAUACAUCGGGGCCAAUUCGGGAUUGAGAAUCCAAGGAGUCGUCUUUGUAUCAACAGGUAAAGGGCAUGCAAAGAGAGUUGGUGGUGUUUUGAACGUGAUGUUUUUACGAGCGUUCGCCGGAGUUAUCCCUGGGGGACGGUUUGUGGAGUUUCUUGCUCGAUGAACCUUCUGGUUGAACAAUAUUGAGAUACCCUGAUACGACCAUGGAAUUCGGAUGGUGGGAAGGGUCAAUUUGGUUGUAUUGUUUGUGGUGGGACGGAGAUCCCCAGGACAUAUGUGUACAAUAAAGGCCUUAUAUCGGUACUAAAUAUUCCCGGGUCGAAGCCUAAACGGCUUCACGCACACGGAAAGGGUAUUUAUCAGUCAUGUAUGCAAUUUUGUCUAUCAAAGACUUCGUGGCUCUUUGGUCUCAUAUUUGUGCAAAUACUGCUGGUGACAGAAUGAAGC